CCAUGUCAUCCGAGCCUCCCCCACUGCCGCAGCCCCCUGCCCACCAAGCUUCGGUUGGGCUGGACACCCAGAGGGGACGGGAGCGCUCACCAUCCCCGCUGCGGGGCAAUGUGGUCCCCAGCCCUCUGCCCACUCGCCGGACAAGGACCUUCUCCGCGACCGUGCGAGCUUCCCAGGGCCCUGUCUACAAAGGAGUUUGCAAGUGCUUCUGCCGCUCCAAGGGCCACGGCUUCAUCACGCCAGCUGACGGCGGCCCCGACAUAUUCCUGCACAUCUCCGACGUGGAAGGAGAGUAUGUCCCAGUGGAAGGUGAUGAGGUCACCUAUAAGAUGUGCUCCAUCCCGCCCAAGAACGAGAAGCUGCAGGCCGUGGAGGUGGUCAUCACCCACCUGGCGCCAGGCACCAAGCACGAGACCUGGUCUGGACACGUCGUCAGCUCCUAG